UCUGAGAUCAAUAUCAUUCUGUGAUGUAUAGUCUGAAAUCCAUUGUGGCGUUAAGCUUUUUAAUAUGUUGUUGGAGUUUACUGGUCGACAUUCGACCCUCCUUUGCCAUGCCAAUUGAAGGAGGUAAGCAGAUAACCUGUUUGUUAUUCCUCUUUUUAAAACAUACUCUUUUCGUGUUGGUCGAUAAGCAAUUAACUAUAGCUUUGACCCAUUUUUCGCUUUCUUUAUUAUGACAUUUUCUGGUUCUUGUUUGUUGGUGCCUGUGGGUGAAACCAUAAUGGGAGCGCGACCGUUUAAAAGGUCUUCUGUAAUACGCUUUUCAAGUGCUGUUUGCCUUUAAGUAUUGCUUAAGACUAAAUUUGACUUUUUAAAACAACUUUUCACUGUCAGUCACUUAAUCUGCGACUGGCGGGAGUGAUGUAACCCAAGUUGACAGCAGUUGUGAAAUUUUGAAAUUCUGAUGCUUUAUGGAGCAGUGUCUUGACAAUUUUUCGCCUUUCAGUUCCGUUGAAACCUCGCUAAAAUGUUGCAGGAAACUCACUAAAUGUGAAAAAUAGCCUAUUGAACAAGAAACGAAAGGCACAAACUCUUUAUCCAAGUUAUGUUCAAAAGUGACUAAAAUCAGUUACAGCCAAUACAUCAUUUAAUGAAAUGAUCGUCCAAGGCAAAACGCUUUGAUAGGAUAUGUAAAGAGAGUAAGACUGACGAAGUUCUGUUUGAUAUUGGGGCUUAAAGUGGUUAAAUCAUGCUGAGAAUGCCCCAUUAAUAUCCUUCUUAAUCUUGCGUAGUUUUAAUUCUUACUGAACUGUUUGAUCUUAGUAAAUCUAGUAAUGCCUCACUUAUCCAUUCAAAACGAAACUAUUGUCUUAAUGAUAAGUGGCUGUUAAGAGUUCCUAGUUAUUACCUUUUUUUGCCCACCGGUGGGAGCGCAACUCGAAAAAUUUUGCGUUCACGUUGUCACGCUGUUUGUUGUUGUUGCUUGAAAUUGCAUAACAAUGGCAGUAUGAAACAACCAUUUUAUGGGUCACGGUCAUAGCACAGUUUGAAGUUGAAUCUUAGCUGUACAACGUUUGGCGUUUAGUUUUGCUGCUUUCUCUAUGGCGUAAACUGUGUCUCAAAGAUGAUAUGACGGAAGUUCAGUCUCCGAAAAGGGAAAGCGCACGACAUAGCACACAUGAUGUGAAAAUAGAUCCUCAUCCACCGUUUGAUACCUUGAAAAUAUUCGAGCAGCCAAGAGAAGUUUCACGACCGAGUUUUAAAGGCGGAUCUCUUACCUUGAUGUUCAUGAAUCGCAGUAUAAACAUCUAACAAUUCAACACGCCCUCGGACACUGCCACUAAAAUAAAAGUUGAGUCUAAGUUACAAGUAAAAAUGUUGGGUUUGCACUGUUGUGUAAUAUUUCCUUGUGUAAUUUGGUCGGUUUCCUUCUUAUUUCUUUUUAAACUUUUUACAAUUAUCUAUUCAAACACUGAUCCCCUGAAAAAUCGUGCGGGCAAAAUAGGAUCCAGAAUAGAGCACCUGUGCGCCAAAGGACUGUUUGAAUCUCGAACGUGCCUGUGAAUGAACACUAGAAAUAUGACGAUGGCUACUAUGAAACUUGUGACGAAGGCAAUAGUUUCUUUUUAUCCAUGUGUAGUAGGACAGGUGAAAGGCGACAACUUUGGCGAAAGGUUAAAGCCUUGAGAGAGAACGGAUAAAUUGGGUUGAUGUUAAAUAUAUUCAGUUGACUAUGACAGGGCGGAGAAACCUCGUUUCUACGUAAUCUUGAUUAAUUUUGUUCAUUAAGAGAACGUUAAAGUCGAAGUUGAAUAAUUGUUAAUGAAAGAACAAGUGGCAUUGCAGGAAAAGUUUAUGACGGUAGCUUUUUUCUUUACUGCAUUUAUUUUUCAGUUAUUAGGCUUAGCUCGGUUGUUUUAAUCGAAAAAGGAGAUGGAAAGUCCCAGUUAUUUUGAGAUUGUUGAAUUUUUUCGCAGACGAGAGCGAAGACAAUUAUCAAGAUAUGUACAAGCUAAUAACUCAAAGAUUACAGAACUUGACUCAAUCAAAUCAGGAAAAUGAUCAGAACUCACGACGAUCAUUUGUUCUAAAUAAAACCUUAAGCAACAAGGUGACGGAAAAAUCGCCAGCGCAAAACAUCUCUAAUAUGAAUUUGACGACGGUUUUGUCACCGAUUUCAAACUUGACGCAAAUGAAUCAAACAGUGGCUGAAAACAAUCGACGGUCGUUCGUCCCAUUAAUAGCGAAAAGCUAUGCUAAAAGUCCUCUUACAGGAAAUGUAGCGGUGGGUACUCAGCUUGUAGGUAUCACGGUAUCGGGAAACCUACAAAAAUCAAACUCGUCGAUCAGGAAUACAACAGAAGGCAAUUCACUGAGAGGAAAUUCAGUUACCAGAGGCUGGCAGGCCGGUUAUCCAGUGGGGAAGAACUUAGUGUUGGCAAACGACUCGACGAGGAAUAUUUUAGUGGGAAAUAAGGCGCUGGUGAAAAAUCAGGUUGGUAUUUUAGAGGCGGGAAACCGACCAGUGGACAAGUCAUACAAUGGAAGCCAACCAACUCUAUGGGCGGGAAAUCCGUCAAGCGGGAGCACGUUGAUAAGGAGUUCAAUAGUGAGAGACAAACCAAUGGCGAACGUUGUCGCAGGUGACUUACACGUUUCCAGGUUUUUGAAUAACGCAGAGCAUACUAGUGCUUCAGUGUUUCCUAAUUCGUACAACGCAGGUCCGUCGACCGUCCCCGAGGAUCGAAGUGGUAUUUACACAAAUCUUUACAGGUAUCCACCGCUAUACGACAAAAAGGAUGCAAUUUAUCGCCAAGCUUCCACCGUGCAUGAUCAUUCAACCUUGUACAACCGCAAUCCAAGUCAAACGACGGGUGCCCAUCAAAAUUACCAACAUCCGGGCAACUAUCCCUGGUCACAAGGCUACCCAGGAUAUGUAAGUCACCUAAAUUUAAAAGAACAACAGACGCGGCGUAGUUACCUAGCACGAAGACCUGGUUACCCAGGCUACCAAGGGUAUGUAAGCUACCCAAAUUUUAAAAAACAACAGACAAGGCGUGGAUACCUAGCACGAAGACCUAGUUACCAAGUAGGUUAUCCACGUGCUUUGAGGCAGGGAAAACAAGUUAAUUACUCUACAACAAAGCAAGUUCACACCAAAUAUACAGCGAAAACUGAUGUCCAAAACAACAAAACAAUCAACAAGACUGAUCAGUACUCUGCGCCUGAGGUCUCAUCGAAUUCAAAUACUAUACAAGAAAAAUUCCCAGACAACCGUGGUGGAAUAAAUACACCGUCCUUGUUUGAUCCCGUCUCCCCUGAAAAUAACAAUGCUGAAAGCUUCGGUUCAAGUUCAGGUUCCGGUUUCGAAGAGCCAGUUGAAAUGGGAAACGAGGCUGACUUUGAAGAACCCCGGGAGCUUAUUACCAGUGGAAGUGGUGACGAAAGCGGGGAUUUGAAUACGAAUCCAGUGUCUGAUGUAGCCUUCAUGUUAGCAGGCACGAAUCAUAAGCUGCGUCCUUUGUCAGUAGCAGGCCUUCCGAAGAAAUUGACAAGAAAGCAGGCCCUUGAUAUCUACAAAUCAGCCAUGUACUUUGCUGGUCUAAUGAAAGAAGGUGAGUGUUGAGGGGUUUUUUUAAUUUCAAUCUCCAGGUGAUUUGACACGCAGAAUCAGAGUCAAGGCCAUGUUUCAAGGCCAAAAAGAGAGUGGAUGAACUUGGCGAUUGAACGGUGAAAUUACAAUAGACACGUAAGCUCCUUCGUGUUACUGCCAUCAGAUCUUCUUGCAGAGAGAGUGUAUUGCGCAAGCGUAGUGUUGGUUAGCAUUUGAAAACAAGUGAAAACUAUUAAAAAGCCGCCUGUAUAGAGGAUUAUGUUAUAAGUUUAAUUAGUUUGUGUUCUCACUUUGGCAAUGUUUGUCUUACAGGAACUGACAACAACGAUACAACCAAGCUAUUUUGUGACGCUACAACGCUUACAAAACGAAGUUGAAGAAACCUCAAAACAGAGACAGUAAAAUACUCUUAUACCACUCAUACCACGGCGUCACGGUAGAAGACAGGCCAAUCACGCAGGAAGGCUCUCAAACUAGACUUUGCUAAAUAUAUAACAGCAACAGAUACAAUGAAUACGUCAACAGCUACUAAAACAAAACCACUUUCUGCUACUAGUAAUUUACUGGAACUACAGCUGCAACAAUCACUACAGCAACAGCAAGAACACCAGUAUCAAGUACUAGUAAAGACAGCAACGAAUAGAACAACAACAACAACAGUUUAAAAACAGCGACAUUGGAAGAGGAUCGGCUUACCAUGUUCUAAUUUUUCCUUCCCUCACCUUUUCAUCUUACUUCAAGAAAAUUCAGACCUUUACUCAGACGGUGCGUGGUUACUGCACAGCCACCGAUACCCACUAUUUGAAAAAUAUCCAUCAAAAAACGUCUCUGUUUCGACCAGGCACUGUAGUCGACAAGUUCACAUCCUCAUUGUUUUUUGCCAAUCGGAGCCGAAAAUGAAUACCUAUGUACAUGUUAAAGAAAACGUGGAUCAGUAGGGCGAGACUGAGAGGUUGCUAAGGUGUAACAUUGUUUAUUCUUUUUGUUUUUCAGAUAAUAAUGUAGACAGUAGCUCUGAGCAGUCUGACAAUGACGAUACAGAUAAUGAUGAUAACAGUGAACAUCCAUUCACAGACGAAGAUGAUGAUGACGUAACUAUAACUGACAAUGACGUCAAGGAAGCGUUGGCGGCUUCCAGUGGAGAGUUGUACUCAAGUGGUCAAGAAGCAAGUGACGUGGAGUCCUCUGGUAGUCAAUUGGAAGCGCCUGUUAAAGUGCUGCCAAGUAUAAGGAAUGACACGUCGACUGGUGAAAACGAGGCUCCAAAGGAAAGUAAUGUGGUGGUUCAGAACAAUGAUAAUGGAGCUUCAAGUAGCGAAAAUGUGACUCCUGUAAGCAGUGAGGUUCAAAAACAAGCCAGCGAACCAUCAACAGUAGAAAACAAACCUCAGCAAAACGAUAUCUCCUCUGUGGACGAGAAAGUAGAAAGUGAUACUCAAUCUCAGGAAACUUCGAAUUCCAAUAACUUAAGCCAAGCAUCACCAGCGGAAAGCAGCGCUCCUAAGGAGCAAAGCCAAGCGGUAGAUGUUCAAACCAAGGAAGAUGAUGACACAGAUACACCUCCUCCAUUGGAUACUGGAGCAAGUCAAGUGUCUAGUUAUAAACAAGCCAGUGAUUCUGCGCAGUUGGACCUCAAUACUCCGCCAUCAGAUGAAACUCUGAUGAAAGAGACUCAGGCAAAUUACGCCGCUGACCAGCAUGCCGAGCAAGUGUUGUCUAAGUUGUUGAAAUGUAAGUGAAAAACUCGCUUGGGUAUAUGAACUAUUUUCGCAUUUUUGUUCGAGAUUAUAAAAGGAGGGUUGGUUCAUAAUCUUCAGAAAAAGAAUAAGGUAAACACUUCUCUCUUUCUGCACCGACGAUCAAUCUGGGUCAUUGAAGCAGCCACUCAUGCAAUAGGAGGGUUGUGACUCAAAACAGUUUCCUGUACUUUUAUUCUGUUCAAUUUGAGAAGGGUGUCACAUUGCUGGUCAUAAAACCAAAGAAUGGUUGGAAAUGAAACAUAUGCUAGGAGCAGAAAAAGCUGGUUCUAUUGACCAGCCACCCUCGUGCAACGCAUUGGUCUUCUCAUUGCCUUCUAUUUCACGUCUUCCUGACCGCUUUAACGAAAGAAAAAGCUCGUCUGGGUUAUCGGGACAACCCUAUGCUCUUCCAAAAGCUGUUCUUGUCAGAGUCACACCCUUGUCCUUGAAACAGGGGGCUCUUGUUACUUUCUGAUGCCUUCUCUAUUUUACACUUAACUCCCUUAAAUUAAACUUGACAAAACCUCCCAGCGGAGGAGAAAUAUUUCAUAUCAUCAACUGAGUUGAUUAGUUGCCCUCGCUACUGUAAAAUGAUUCGAGAGGUGACUUAUCGAGCUUUUCCUUCGAUACAACGAUUUGAUCAGACUAGGGUGGGCAAAAACCGGAGCAUCACUUCCGAUGGGGAAAUAAUGUUGUGGUACAUUAUUUUUUUCAGCUCGGCAAAGAGGUGUUUAUUCUUCGCCAACGCAGAGGGCAGUGAUUUGCAAAGAUACGACGCAGAAAAUAUUCUGUCCACCUAAUCAGAAAAUACGGAUUUUAAACGCUGAUUAUGGUGAUACAGGCAAUGUCGGCUGUCUAAAGGAGGCCAAUCCAAUGCCGUCUGGACCGUGCCGCACGCCAGGCGCCUAUGAGACAGUAAAACGAGAUUGUGAGGGAUUUGAUGAGUGUGAACUAUCUGCUAGUAAUGAUGUUUUUGGCAACGCUUGCCCUGAUUCGAACAAGUAUCUGGAUGUAAAUUACGACUGUGUCAAUAAUGCGGGUAAGUUUUGAUGGAAUAGUAAACUUCAGUUUCUGAAAGUGACCAAAGGCAGUGAAACUGUUAGCGGUAAUUUUUGAAAAGUUUAUCGUCUUUCUUUUCAAAAUUCGUACCACCAACGCUUUAAUUUUGUUUAGGAAAUUAGGUAAUAGAAAAUAGCCAGAAGUGAUCCAUACUUGAAAAAGAGUUUUAAAUUUUUGGCAAUUCGUAUUGUUCAGCACACCGGAGUUAGACGAAAUAAUUUUUUGUUUUUGUUUCAUAAUGAGAAGGCAGGACCCACCCUGCCUCACGUAUCUAAUGUGAUCUCAAAACCCUGUUAUGAUUUAAUUAUGAAUAACCAAUCAUACUGGAGAAACACAUAAGCUACCCGUAAACUAGACAGCUCGGUAAACUCAUAAGUUGUCAAAAUAGAACACUGUAGAGUCAAGUUUCGGAUUAAUUGGAGUUUUUCAAACUGUACAUAAUGAGGAAUUCUAUGGAUAUCUUGUUACCAUUUGUUUUCUUAUUAUUUUUAAAUGAUGUUUAUGCAGGUAUUUCAGUGACGAACAUAUAACGAGGCCCUUUUUUUUUCAAAAUGUGCAAAUCCUAGGUUGAUAACUUAUCGUAUUUUCCUAAAUCUCUAGCUCCUUCGCUACACUGGUACGACCUCUGGAAAUACCAUUCUAACCCUCUCCACGAGAAAGGUUUUGAUUUGCUUUUGUUAAACAACACUUACUUCCAACAACCUAGGUUUGUUACUUUAGCCUGUAAAGCUAACAUUUUGUCUUAAACUUUGUCUUCGACGUUGAAAAAACAGCACGUAAAAAAUACGAUUCGCCACCUCAGGAUUUUCGAACAUCGUCGCCCGGUCUUCGACCCAUUGUUCAGCCUCCGCAAUCUGCCUUUCAAGGUUUUCAUAAUAUGCUUACAUCUUACUUUGUUUUUGAUACUUCUUUGUGAUAGAAAUGUUGUAACUGAUAAGCUGAUGAUAUUGCUUUUCAGUGCCAUAUGCACCCCCUGCACCGGCAUACAGUCAAGGUAGGUAACAAAUGGAUUUUUCGUCUUUGAAAUUUUCAGUUGCUCUCGAAGAUUCGUUUUUCCUUUUACUCGUUCACUUUCAUAUCAUAGCUCAGUCGUCUCCAUCUGAUACACCAGCCGAAGAAUACUUUGUUUAUAAAAAAAAGCAUUGAAUUAGAUCUUUGAGUCUAAGAGGACCAAAUUUUAAAAACUUAUGAUUAAGUUAACGCCCUUACUAGAACCCAAGUAUGUGAGAACCUUUGAACCUUUUUUAUAUGUUGAGUUGUACUGGCCUUAUUCUCAGACAGUCCGAGAUCUCUAGCUCUAACGCCUUUUAAACUUCUGACAACAGUUGAAACUCCCGUCAGCGACAAACGAAAAUACCAAAAGUUGGUAAUCGUUCGUUGGAGGUGACCGCUUACGCGAGUCGUACCUCAGGACUCUCAACUGGGAACACUUCUGACACACCUAGUUGCAAUACCACCUACAUUGGAUAUCAAAAAUAUAUUGUGACAAUGAUAGAACAAAACUAAUUAUGUUGUCGGCUGUUGUGUGGUGUCACAUUAUUGAAUUUUUAGCGUUAGGAGAAGUGACCAUGUGUCAGUUGGAAGCCUAAGGGUUCAAAAAAUACAACUUCCUUAACCGGCGCAAGUCGCCGUGGACUCACAUGAGGGUUUGACUGUAACUGAAUUAGUAUCAGUCACAGAUAGAACAGUGAAGAGCACCUCGAGGCUGUCAUUUCAAGUGCCUGUUUUGCUUUGAGCGAACUUCUUCUGUGCCUCUGUGAAAGUUCCUAAGCCAAAAUUAAAAAUGUAAAUAAAAAGCUCAUCUUUUCUAACAAUCCUUUUUAUAUUAAUUAACAGCUAGUUACCAGCCUGCACCACAGUACGUCAAUCCCGUCCCACCCCCAGUGGCGGCCUAUGCACCGGCUCCUUAUCAAGGUUUGUGUUAAAUAAUCCAUUUUGUCAUAGGUGAUGGUCAAUACGGAAGUAUAUAUGGAUGACAGAUGCACCUACUUUUUGCAUUCUUUCAACAGUUUUUCUGUGGUGUUUUAGUACUAAAUUUUGUCUCUGUAACUACCCAAAACAAUAGUAUUGGGAUGUCUUAGGUUCGAGUUUUUUUAAUGUAUAGUUGGGUAUUCUGUGCCACUUCUGAUCGUGUCAUCUUUCCUUGAUGUUGGUGUUUUUGUGUCUGAGUGGCCAAAAACUUGAACCAUUUUUAAAGUUUGUAUUUGUUUUAACUAUUAGGCAAUGGCAGACCUGCGCAACUUAUUCAAAACUUUUUGGGCAAAUAAAAGUACAUUAAUUUACUUUUCUUUUUCAAUUGUUAUUUAAAGAAAACUCUCUUUAUCAUAAGUGCACCUACACGCUUUUGCCUGUCUUAUUUUCAUGGGUUUUUCAUUGCCUCUUGUCGAUUUCGUGUUUCAUUUUGUAGAAAUUCUCUUGUCCGACAAACCAGGUACUAAAAGUUUCUUUUUCUUAAACGCAAGAAAAAACUACGUGCCUUUUCUCCAAAUUCUGUAUUGAUUUCAUAAUAUUCUUCGUAUUUGCUGUGGUUCACGCAAGAAUUAUGUCAGAGAAAUGUACUGUAAAGUUAGAAGAGAAAACAGAUAGGAAAAAUAUGCAUGGUUAUUUCUGCCCCUGUCUUGGACUUGAACAGAGGAAAGACUAUGCAUUCAACAAAAUAUUACGAUGUAUAAAUUUUGUAUUUCCAGCCCCACCGGCACCCGCGUACGCACCAUCCAUGGGACUUCCGGACAUUAUGCCACCAAACCCUUAUGUAGCUCCUGAUCCGUGUAAUCCUUGCAAUACAUGCGCACAAUGUUCCUUACAAGUGUGUAGUCCAUGUGCUCAGACAUGCCAGCCCUUAUCCUGUCCUCCGCGCAUACCAGCAAAGCUACAACCGCUGUGGCAACAGUGGAAUGAAAGGACUGCAGGUAAUUCCUUUUUCCUUUACAUGAUGUACGUUUGAUUUCAUUAGCCACCAUGGGUAAUUGGCCCUUUUCACAGUAGAGACGCAUUAUACGUCUGAGACGGAUAAUCCAUCUUCAAAAUCCGUCAAAAUUGACGGAAAACAGAUGGACAAAGUGAGGCGGAUUAUCCAUCCAAAAUUAAGACCGUUCCAUUUUCGAAUUAAGACGUAUUGUCUGUCUGACGCGAAUUAUCCAAGGGAUAACCCGUCUCUAGUGUGAAUACGGCCAUUAUCUUCAUUUUCACCACCAUCAUCAUAAACAAUGCCAAAGGAAAGUACUGUUCAUGAAGCAGCUUUUGAAUGGUCACAUUUCAGGAUUUCAUCCUCAGGUCAAAAAAUUUAAAAUCCCCUUACAACAUAAUAAACAAUAGCACAGGAAAGUACUACACAAUAAAAUUCAAAGGAAAAUACAUGGUAGUACUUUUAAAGAAUUUCAUAAGCUGAGGACACUCAAGAAGUUGAUUUCUCAAACUCAUUGAUAAUUCAUUAAAAAUACAAACUGGAAAUCAAUGUUUAUGAGUGUUCGGAAAUCAGAGGAAAAACUGCUCACUUUUGCAUUCUUAAUUUCUCCUUCUAAAAUCAGUUUGUUUAAGAAGUAAUAUCAAACAUUCGAAACAGUGUUUCAUCACCAGAUAAAACACCUCGAAGCUCGUCAAAAAUACUCCGCUGCGCGUCGUAUUUCAACUCCCUUCUCUUCGUUUCAUCUGGUGAUAAAAUACUGCGUCCCAUGCUUGAUAUAUUACUUGAAACAAUAUCUUACCAUAUAGAUUGAAGAUUAUAUAUAACAGUCGCUUCCGUAUUUAUUCAUUUUUUCAGACAUGAGUCGCAUGGAGAUGGCUGCUUUGAUAAUUUCACCUCUACCUAAGCUCUCUCCCACCAAAGCUUCCGAAUCGACCGAGUCUUCGGGCGCUGCCGAAGGAUCUGAAUCUGGUGAGCCAACCCUUGACGAGGACGCUUUGUACGAGGCGAGUAAGAGGUCGCAAAUUCAACGAAUAAUGCCACAGAAAAAGUCAAAGAAAACCACUUUAAAAACGCAUGGAAAAAACAGCAGUGAUCAAGAGUUUCUUAGAAAUGGCGACUUAAUUUCUUCGUCUGGUGACGCAAGUAGUGGCUCUUCAACGUAAAAGUCUUCGAGUGGGAAAAUUCCUCGCGAGUCUUGGGAUCACUUCAUCUAUAAUUAUAUGGUGAUCUAAAAUCAUAAUAUGUGGUGUGCAAGACAUUUUAAAAGCUUAAUUUUGGAGGAAAGAGACCUGCAAAACCUAGAACAAAGCAACAGCAUCUUAAAUAUAAUCAUGUGCAGCAUUAACGGCACACCAUAGAGACUGCUAUGUGACUCAGAGACAUGCAAAAUGAUAAAAACAUGCUUGGGUUAGGGAGGAGUAAAAAUGAUAAAGGGACUGCCAAGAACGAAUUGUUCAUCUCAGAUGAAAACUAUAGAAACAUGAGGCAGGAUAACAGUUUUUUUUUUUUCGUUUUUAAGGAGACUUAGAGGUUUUAGAACAAAUCUUUUAGCCCUUUUAGACGACUAUCUCAGUGCUCUUUGUCUGUGAACAUUUAUAUAGCUGUUCAUACAGUAGCUCACAGCGCUGACGCACGCAGGUUCUCUCAGAAUCAGCAGGAUGUGUCUUUUUCUUUAAAAUGUGGUAUCCUUUCCUUAUGUAAUUUCUAACGUUUUAUUAGCCAUUUACGAAUGUAUAGGUAGCAGCAGCAUUUGUAGCGGUAUUUUGGCAUAAUCAAUAUAAUUGAAAGAUGUUUUUUGAAAUUUUACGAGUAGCAUUUGUUAUUAGAAAUCAGUCAGGUACAAAAAAUGCUAUAAAUUGUUUUUACUGUUACCCAAGAAAUUUCUGCAAUUGUAACAUGAAGCAUUUCAAAUUAACCUGAGAUACAACUGCUUUCAGCCAAUAAAAGUGAAGAAAUUUUUUAGAUAACAGCAUACAAUGCAACGCCGGUAUUUUCCAAUACCUGGCUAACAUCCCUCGAGUACCAAUGAGCCAUUAAAAAGUGUUUCCUGUCAGUUAAAAACGAAGGGGUCAAAAACUUGUUUUUAGGAAGCUUUUGCAUCCAUUGUAAUUGGCGAAAUCAGUCAAGUUUCAACUGAAACCGAAAGGAAUGGCUCAUUUUUUAACGUAUUAGGUGGACAAUAAGGGAAGUAUAGAGAUGUUUUUAGUAGUCUAAAAAUAUUUAGGACUUAAUGUUACCUUCUCCGAUAGUUCUUACUAUGUCCUAUCCAUGUAUUGGAGCUCAAUGAACUUUGCGAAUUUCUAUUAUCGAUGUAAAUAGGACAGUAAAAUGGCAUGUUAAUUGGAGCGUUAUAUUUUUAAUAAUAAACACGUGACACUUUUUAGCUGUCUCAAGAAUAACAUUGAUGUCUACUUAAAGUCUCCUUCGCAGCCACUCGGGCCGGACACGCAAUGCUGACCAUGUUUCCGCGCGAGCGGCUGGGAAGGAGACUUGUCUUCUUAUAAAUUGCAUAUGAACCUCUCUUUGUCUUGCUUACAUGUACUGUGCUGUUAAGCAAGAGUAGGGGACUGAGCCUGCAUUCAUGGCCUCAGGUUCAAAAGAUGAGCGCAGUUCGUUUUCUUUUCACAUUGCUAGGCCAAAAUAGAUUAUUUGGGUUGCACUCGCUUCUUGGUUAUCUCCUACAUAUGCUCUUUGUUGACCCCAGGGUGAAUUAUAACUAGUGAUUCAUUCAGAAUGUUUGUAUUGUAGAUGAAAAGUAAAGUGUCCUUCAUUCAAUCUAAAAAUGGGUCAAUGGGUAACGAAGUUGGGAUCGCGAAAAUUACAUAUUUGCCCAAACGUGACUAAGACCGGGUCUAUAAAUGGCCACAGAAUAGACUAUAAUGGGGUAGGGGCUCUGAGAGGCCAGCGGCACAUACCCAACAAAAAUUAACCCAAGGGGGGAGAGUAACAUGUUGCGACAUUUAUCUGAGAUUCAAUGUUAGAGUUAGCUCUACUAGUCUUAUUCUACUUACCAGAAUGGACUACAAGGGAUUCAUCAUGUUGCUUUGUUUUUAAUAAGUUUCUUGGUAUCUUUUAUUCGCUUGGUGAAACGAGACACUGCGAAGUAAAUUUGCAGUGAAAUUUGAAACGUUUGAAUCAAACAAAAGGUCCCGGAUGUUCAAGUGUUAAUCGGCCUUAGGUAGACCUCUCCCUGGUUUUCUACGGUGUAUUCAGUGGAUAGUCUUUUAUCUGGUAGGAUGAGAUUUCCAUUUUUCUGUCAACCGCGCACACAGACGUUGAUAACACGGCGAUGUGCUAAUUAGCUCCUCUUUUACAUAUCUUUUAAUAGACAUUUUUACCAGUCCCCCUCCUAUGACACCAGUGAUGCUCUAAACAGUGAUGAGCUAAAUAUGAGUGGAUUGACGAGUGUCUUGUGGAAAGGCCGAGGUGGAAUUUUUUUAACGACGCCUUUUAAUUACUACACACGUGAAAGCUUUGUGCUCUCAAGUAUUUCAGGACUUCCCAAAAACUAGCCCGUUGCAUCCAGUUGUAGAUAAAUCAAUACGCGCACCAUCAGAAAAAAAUGCAUCUAAUUGCUGGUUUUCAAUGUCACGCCAUCCAAAAUAGAUCGAAAUGAAAAUCAAAACCAUGCGCCACUAAGUCCAGAAUCUGGGAAAUAAAAGGAGGUAAAUAUACAAAGACCCUCGCCAAGAUUUGGGUUGAAGGAAUAACUCAUAUACGAGAUAUCCGAGGAAAUGUUUUACCCGAAUUUAUAGAGCUUUGUAUGGAGACGCCAUGCUGGAGCUCAUCCGGAUGAGCUCCAACAUGGAGGACGGAAACCAACAGAAACAUCUGUUACCUAGUUUUGCUACAAAAGCGUGCAUUUACUCCCAGAGGAACUCAUAAACAUUAAAGUAAUACUUUUUCUAACACUUGAACUGUUUAGAUAGCAAAAUUUCUCGAAAAAAGUUACUUUUUUAUCCCAAAUGACAGCUCUUUCGGCCGUCAUGUAAAUGCCGCGUCACGCAAAAGCUUAGAAAUUCAAGCGUACUCUAUUACAAAACCAAGAACCCUUUUGAAGCGAAAAUUUGUUUGAAAAUUAGUUUUCAGCUGUUCUAAUACACCAUGAAAGUAAAAUCUCAGUAGGAUCGAUAGUUUUGUAGUUUGAAUUUUAGUGACGUCAUGUGAAAACCAACAAUAUAUAGAUUUAGCUAGGGCUAAAAACGAAAGCUCCUGUCACAGUUUUGGUUCACUCCAAACAGUGAACUUAAAGAACUUAAAGAAAUCCAAAGAUCUAUACUUAGCUUUAUGUGGGGACCAUAUGACGCUUUAGGCACGAGCUGCUGAUUUCAGAAAUAAAAUUGAACUUGAGUCUGUGAUCAAUUUAUGCUUAUAACUGGUCAGCGUUUCGAUUAGUUGAAACCCGAGCCCGCGAUAUUUACAUCUCAUGUGUACUGGUCAGCGCAUACCCUUUUCUGACAUAACCAUAACAUGGACGUCGAUUAUCAAGUUGAACACAGGUUGCAGGCUCCCACACAAGCUAAAAAAAUCUCAUUCCACAUUGGUUAUCCGGUGGUGCCGACGGACGGGCGGGUGGACGAAUGUAUGGUCACGUGACUAACAAAAUAUCUCGGAUACAUAGAUUUUAAAAUUUUCUUAUCCAUGGUGCAUCGCUAUGAAUGGUGACAAUGCUCUAAGCAUGGCGGUCAAGAGGUUUAACGCUCAUUUAACCUUCAUAGAAGAUUAGUAUUUAGAGCUCUUAUCAGAUAUCAGAUGUAAAAGGCGGGAUUCGCUGACCACCAAUGACUGCUCAGUGAAAUGCUAACAAAUCUUAACACUGAUGUGCAAAAACAUUUAUCCCACUAUUUAUAAAACUAUCCCAGGAGCCCGGAUCACCCUGACUCUCCGUGAUUAAGUGGCAUCUAGCCAGUGAGCCUCAUAUCUGGAUGUGUACCGUGGCGUUGCAUUCCCUCAGAGACCAUAUUGCCCGUCUGUCGGAUUAAUAUCCGGGUACUUGUGACGUAUCGAUGAGGUCCUGUGAAGUUCGAACAUUUUGUCUCCUCUUCUCUUUUUAUAGCCUAAGAACUGAACAGCACUUGUCCAUCUUAUUAAACAAACAUGAACGGAUAACGCCUACCAUGACCUUCACCAAUCCAGGGAGAAAUUAUCGGUUAUUUUUCUGUUUGUUCUUAGUUGACUGGAUCAUGUUUAGGUUUUAUUUAGCUUUCUUGCUGGUUCCUCAUUUUACAGUUUUAACACAGACAAGCAAAGCCUUGAGAUGAGUUUUUUUAUGCCUUUUCUACUCAUGCGUAGAUAUUUGAUUAAUUUCGUCAAUUGCCUUUUGAUUUUCCUUCAUGCAAACACCAGAAACGCAGGUAGACAGUUAUAGCCUUCUACGAUCACUUGACAUGGCUUCAACAAUUAUUCAACAGCCAUAAAAGCAAACUCGCUAUUGACAUCUGAGCAUUUGUUUUCAAGAGUCAAACUGUAAGUUCCUUGGGCGUGACCAUGAAUGGGAAGAUCAGUUAAGAAGUACGUAUUCGUGGUGCCCUUUACUAUUUCGCGUGUUGUUCCAAAGCUUAAUCAAGCACAAAGCGGAAGUGGACGGUAGACUCUCCGUAAGUGUACGUCAUUCCGUGCGCCAGCCCUUCGAAGGGCUGGCGCUUCUGUAUCUCACUACGGUGGCCAAUCUAUCCUGUAAACUCAGUUGAUAAUAAAAUCAAACCUUUGUACUUCACUCGUACACCGACGCAACAACACAGGUCCUUUAAAGAAUAACCCAUACAUUCUCAGUAAGUGCAAUCAUGCAGAUGAAAGACGUGUUUUAGAAACAGAGCAUUUUUUGAGCGAAAAAUUUCUUUGCUUCGCUACGACUAGUCACCUUUCAGCCUGUAAUUUCUCAAAAUUCAUAAAUCUUAAAAAAUGAUUGUACCCUUGAUAACAUAGCACAAGGCUUGCUGGGUAAACUAGUUUUUGUUUCCACAGUUUUGGAAUUAAAAAAAAAAGAUAAUAAAAAUAAACAAACAAAUGAACGAAAACCAGAAAGUUAUAUUUAUUUCAACUUUGCCAUUGUUUCUUACCAGACAACCAUGACAGACUCAUUGAGCUUUUAACGACCAUUCAAUCACUUUAAGUUCGCCAUCACACAAGUAGUGAUAUAGAAAAGUCGAUUUUUCUGUCUCGAUUAUUACAGGGUCGAUUAACAGGGGUUGUAAAUCAGAAAGCCAUCUCCAGGUAUCAAUUCGAAUCACUGAAGAUUCGACUAAACUUCGUAACAGAAACAAUCUCUCUUUUCCCUCGCCCCCUUCAAUUUCCAGUGAUAAUCAAGACCCAAACUUCUUCCUGAAUAGCACAAAAAUAUGUCUUUCUAUUGCAGGUACUCAGCGUGUAUUUGUCUAGAUGUGUCACACUUAAAACCUAAGUUCUCAAACAAGCAACAAAGCAAUUGACAAAGACUUAAGCGUGAAAUUAGUUUAUUUUGAAAAAUACUUACUUUUCGUGCGAUUAAUAAGAAACCCUGACUUUUAAAGGAAGAAAUGUUCGAUUUUUAGUAUACCUCAGUUUUCUUCUCUGGUGCUCCCUUGUCACUUGUUCACCGCAUGACUGGUAAAUACUGAAAUAUUAACAAUAACCAAUGACCCGAUGAAAGGGCGUGGACUUAGGAAAAGCGUACGAGAAGAACUGCCUUAACGCCACUAAAAUUCAAACCAUAACACUAAGUGUUUCUGGCGAAGUCUAAAUUGUUUCUUGCAGGUCAAGAAAUCAAUUCAUCUAUUUCAGAAAUAAUGACUGACGCACAAAAACCAAACUACCUCAGAUGGUAUGAAUUAUUAAUCAGCUAUGGUCCCUGACUUAAGUGAAUAGAAGAUUACAAAGGUCGGUGAAUAAUUUAGCACUUCCAGGCCCUGGCAUAAAACGUUUUCUUUCAGUAAAUCAGAAUCCAAUCCGUAAUCAGGGAACAAGCUUCAGAGAGAAGGUAGGCAAAACGGCUAUCAAGCAGUGAAUUGAUUUGGUUCGCUGUGGUUCAACGAAAACCAUUAGGUGGGAAAAAUGAACGUACAACUCUUGAAGUAAAGAGUGGGACCAAGAUAAAUUUGUGUUUUAUCGCGGUAUCAUCAGUUAAACAAAAGGAAACUCAACGCGUUAUUAGCCAAGAAUUGAACAGUUGAAAACAUAUUUACUUUUAAAACAUUAGGGAGCUUUGACGAUCACGUUUUAAGACUGAUCAUAGCUUUUGGUCAGUGAAACAGCUGUUUUCUUCUAAAUCUAAUUAUUAUAAUUUGUAUAUAUAUUUUAUAGCCCAUAAUGGCUCCUAAGACAUUUUUAGUAUGUCUUGCACUACUGGCGGUGGCCUACGUCGAAGCGGGAAGACACCCUAAAGCUACUAAAUUAAAGAAAGGUAAGUUCUUUUUUUAGUGUUUUCGUAACGAAAUAACAGAAUAAUCGAAGAGCAGUCUUUAUGGACCUCUUCAUAAGUCACUGAAAGAUGAAGGAAUAUAUAAAAGUUUCAUUGUAGUCUAAGACUAAAAGAAAGCGAAGUAACAAUGCAUUAUUUGGCAGUGACGAGGGUGCAGCAAACCAAAAUAUUAGAUUUCUCGUCCGUAGGGCUCUCUGUGGUUCGAAGCUAUCGCUUUGAGAUUCUUUUAUGUUGUUGCCUCGCUUUUAUGAAUAGAUCAGUCAAGUAAAACGCCAAGUGAUGCAAAAAUUAACAUGUUACUUAAGAAAACGUUUACAAGCAACAAGGAAAUUUCUGAAAAAAGUAGAAUUUGACACACGAAAAUUUAGAAGCGACGAUCGAAAAGUUUGGCCACAUGUAGCCCACCUAAUACCACCUGUAGCAUGAGGUAAACAUCAAAAUAGUGCCGAUAUUAAUUCUACCAAGGGUAAAAAAGAUUUUAAGUUAAAAGUCUUGUUUAAUUUGUUCACAGAGAAACUACAAAAACCCUUUUUUGGUGCUUACAGAACCUGAAUGGCUAACAGUUAUCUUACUAAAACUUUUCUGUAAAGCUCUUAUGGGCCAGUUUUCCAAAAUUAGUAUGCUAUGUACUUCCUAGCUUCUUACGAGCCUCUGCUUGAAAAUAUGAUUAAUGAAGGUCUCAAUGGUUAAGCAUUACUCUCACUCUAUGGAGAGUGUACAUCAGUUGAGAGUUCAAUAAUCAUUUUUUGGAGCUAAUGCAUGAAUUCUGUAGAUCAGUGGUGAGAACUGCGAUCAUUUUUCGGGCCACGAGUAACGUUGAUUGACUUAUCAGGUCUUACGGUGUUAAGUCAUCGGCCCUAGAGUUACCUCUCUCUUUUUCACAGCCAAGUAACUCUGUGUUCUUUUCAUUAAAGGUUUAGCUUUCGGAUUCAAUUGCAUAGGCACGGUUAUUCAACUGAAAUUUUUGAGUGUCUGAACGUAGCCCCCAGGGUGUCAUUAAUCACAGUAUUUGGCACUGAUUGCUUUUCCAACUUUUUAAGUCCAAUUUGUUGAACUGGGAAGCUCAUGGGGCGAAAAAUCAUGACAUUUAAAAUGUUUUAUUUAAGCUUCAUUUGCACCUUUUUUGUUUUCUUUAGUUACAUCAAGCAAAGGAUCAAAGAAAUGCGGCCCUAUGUGUUCAGUUUCAUGCGCACCUCCUUGUCCCCCAACAUGCUGUCCUCCUCCCCCACCCCCACCCCCACCAUGCCCUCCCCCAUGCCCACCACCACCACCCCCUUGCCCACCACCUUGCUAUACCUCAAGUAUGACACACUCUCAUAGCUCCUCUUGGGCACCACCUCCGCCACCACCCUGCCCACCUCCCUGCAUGCCACCAGGUCCCCCUCAGUCUGUUCACCACAUCCAUCAUGUAACACAUCAUCACAUGUUGCCAGCACCACCUCCACCCCCACCACUUCCAUGCCCUCCUCCUUGCCACACAGCUAGUGUUAUGCACUCCCACAGCCACCAAUGGGCUCCAAUUCCCCCACCUCCUUGCCCACCACCUUGUUCACCACCAGGCCCACCCCAGAGAAUCCAUCAUGUCCACCAAGUUGUCCACCACGUUGUCCACCCACCACCGCCGCCACCACCCUGCCCACCACCCUGUCCUCCACCCUGCCCUCCCCCAUGCCCACCACCCUGUCCUCCCCCAUGCCCUCCACCCUGCCCUCCCACAUGUGCCACAACCUGUGCGCCGUCCUGCCCAGUAUCAUGCUGCAAGAAGAACAAAGUAAAGGAUCAGGAGGCUUCUAGCAAUGACGAGGAUGAAGAAGAGACCGAAAACGAGGACGAGGCUGUACAGAAGGAAGAGAAGAAACAAGAGGAUGCAAAGGCAGAGGAGAAGAAAGAGGACAAACAAGAAGACAAGCAGGAAAUUAAGAGCGAGAAAAAAGUGGAAGCUAAAGACCAAAAGAAAGAAGACAAGGAAAACAGCGACGAUGAAGAUUAA